AUGGCGAAGGCUGCGAGAAUGGAUCAACGGCGCGGAGGGUUCAGGUCGAGGGCCCGCAAGUUGAUGGCAUUGUGCAUCGGUGGAGUUUUGUUGCUCUCUGGGGGGCAUGCUGGGGCAGAUUAUUUGCGUGAAGGAACUCUGCAGCGAGAUUUAGAACCGGAGCCAGAAGCGGAAACCCAGACUGAACCAGUAUUGAGCGGGCAAGUCGCCACUUGUACCUUGCCAACAGUAGGUGUUGGAGCAAGCACUGGCGACAAUGCUACUAGCGCCCUGACACUGUCGAAAGAUAAUUUGACCGCUACAUUGAAGUGUUCAGGUAAAGACUACGUGGCAAUUCCCAAAUUGAUGCAGAAAGUCUGUUCCGCGACUGUUCAGGAUCCCACGGUCGCAGGCUGCAAAAAUGAUACGCAGGGUACAGGGAACGGCAAGCAGGUCCAGCUGGAAUCACUACUGGGGUCAAGCCGGCGCAUUGUGUGGAACAAAACCUCUCCUACUCCCGACCAAGCAAAGGAGGGCGAGGAGUGGACAUUGCAGCUACAGGAGACAGACCUUCCUCUUACCGACAAAACCUUCUUCGUCGGUUGUGACCAAACCGACCCAAAGCCCCAACAGGCUGCGGGAGCAUGCAAAGUCGACGUGGUUGUCAAAGCGAGACCUUCGUCUCUUGCGGACAAUAACGUCGUCACCUGCGCCUACGGAAAGGACAGCAACCCUGAGCCCCUGAAGGUUGAGAUGACAACAGAAAACAACACCCUCACUAUUCAGUGUGGCUCCGAGGGAUCUCUGAAUCCUGAAUCCUAUGCAACCCAGUACUGCGAUCUCCAGGGAGAGUUGGAGAACUGCACGCUGAAGAAGUUUGAAGAUAUUUUGCCUACAUUUGCAACCAGCUGGUGGUCAAAGGCAGACGAUAGUAGAUCCGCCACAUUGACCAUCCCGGAGACGGACUUUCCUGAAUCCGAACAGCAAUUCCGGGUGGGUUGUGUCUACAAGGAUGAUAUCUCUGAUGGACCCGAACCCCGGGCGAAGGGUGCGAAAACGGUAGAAUCACAGGCAGAUGCCACUACCUCGAAUUGCAAUGUGAUUGUGACUGUGAAGUCAGGAAGCUUUGCUUCGUCGUCAGGUCAACUGGUACCUACCAUCGCUGGUGCAGCCGCGAUGACAGGACUCCUCGUCGGGUCCUUGUAA